AUGGCAACGGGCGCGGGGCCGGCGGCGCUUACGGCAGCGGCGGCGGGGCCGGGCCGGGGCGCGGCCAGCGCGGCCUCCGCGCCCCCCGCCGCCCUCAUCGGCCUCCCGCCGCCCUUCGGCGAGCAAGACGAGGAUGACGUGCACAAGUGCGGGCGCUGCCAGUCGGAGUUCAGCUCGCUGCAGGAGUUCGUGCAGCACAAGCUGCAGAAGGGCUGCCAGCGCCCUCCCGACGCGCUCGCCGGGCUCCUCGGCCCCGAAGGACAAAAGGUGGUUCCUGCUGUCGAGGAGUCCAUCACCGUUGCUCACAUUGUUGUUGAAGCGUCUUCCAUAGCAGAGGAGAUCAGCAACGCCUCGGCCAUCGUAGGCAGUGGGCACAUCAAAGAGGUCAUUGUAGCAGGAGAGCAUGUGUUUGAGAACCCGAAUGGCCACGUGGAUGGGGAGGUCAGUGAGGAGCAGGGCAGCCCCGAGGAGCAGGAUAUUUCCACCGAGCUGAUCAAGGUCAAGCUGCAGGUGAACAAGGAGGGGCGAUACGUGUGUGAGCUGUGCCAGAAGACAUUUAAAACUGCCAGCAUCCUCAAAGCUCACAUGAUCACGCAUAGCAGCAGGAAGGACUAUGAGUGUAAACUCUGUGGGACUUCCUUUAGGACAAAGGGAUCUCUGAUCCGACACCAUCGGCGGCACACGGAUGAAAGACCUUACAAAUGCAAGAAAUGUGGGAAAAGCUUCCGGGAAUCAGGAGCUUUGACUCGGCACCUUAAAUCUCUGACACCUUGCACUGAAAAAAUCCGCUUCAACAUGACCAAAGAAAUAGUUGUCAACAAAGAUGAUCUGCCAUCAGGACCCUGCAGCUCCACCACAGACACGGUGUCCUCCAUAGCCAGCGAAUCCAUCGAGGCCUCCCCUGUCAUCCACCUCGUGACAGACGCAAAAGGCAACGUGCUCCAUGAGGUCCACGUCCAGAUGCAGGAACUUCCCGUGGUGGAUGCAAAACCCCUGGAGCCAGAUCACUCGCAUCCCGAGGAGUUGCCAUGCGAGGGGGAAGUGAACAGUGAGAACCUGCUGAGGCAGGCCAUGAGGAAUUCGGGGAUUGUCAUCGAGAGAGUGGCUGUGGAGGAGGUGCAGAAGCCAGAUGAACCUGCAGCAGCUGCUCCAGAAGAGCUGGAAAGCAAAGGGGUGGAAGUAGAAGAGGAGCCGUGUGGGGAGCAGUGUGCUAAACCGGAAGGAGCAGAGUCUCAGACGCCUGCAGAAAGAACCAACGGGUACAAACGUUACAUUUGCUUUCACUGUAAUGAAGCCUUCAACGAAGCUGCUGCCCUGGAAACUCACAGCAAGAGUCACACAGAGUACAAACCUUUCAAGUGUGAGGAGUGUGGCAAGGAGUUCACCAAGGGCUACCUGCUGAAGAAGCACCAGGAGGUGCACGUGAACGAGCGGCGGUUCCGCUGCGGGGAGUGUGGGAAGCUCUACAAGACCAUUGCCCACGUGAAGGGGCACCGGCGCGUGCACUCGGACGAGCGGCCCUACGCCUGCCCCAAGUGCGGCAAGCGCUACAAGACAAAGAACGCCCAGCAGGUGCAUUUCCGUACCCACCUGGAGGACAAGCCCUACGUGUGCCACUUCUGCAGCCGAGGGUUCCGGGAGAAAGGUUCCCUGGUGCGCCACAUCCGCCACCACACCGGCGAGAAGCCCUUCAAGUGCUACAAGUGCGGGCGCGGCUUCGCCGAGCACGGCACCCUCAACAGGCACCUCAAAACCAAAGGUGGCUGCCUCCUUGCUAUGAAAGAGGUGGAAGAAGUGAUAGUGUCAGAGGAGAGCCAGUCUGCUGACAACUUGGCAGCCACGGUCCUUUCGGAAGAUCCGCACACGGUUCUGGUGGAGUUUUCCUCGGUGGUGGCAGACACCCAGGAAUACAUCAUCGAGACUUCUACUGAAGACAUGGAGACCAGCGAAGCCACUGAAAUAAUAGAGGGAACAAGACACGAGGUCGACAGCCACAUCAUGAAGGUGGUGCAGCAGAUCGUCAACCAGGCCAACUCGGGCCACCAGAUCAUCGUGCAGAACGUCACCGUGGCCGAGGGCGCCGCGGCCGCCGACGCCGCCGACACCAUCACCAUCGCCACGCCCGAGAGCCUCACCGAGCAGGUGGCCAUGACCCUGGCCUCGGCCAUCGGCGACGGCGCCGUGCUGGCCGCCGACGCCGGCCUGGCCGCGCAGGAGGCCACCGUCACCAUGGUGGCCUCCGAGGACAUCGAGAUCAUGGAGCACGCGGGCGAGUUCGUCAUCGCCGCCGCGCAGGAGGGCGACGUGGAGGUGCAGACGGUGAUCGUGUGAGCCGGGGGCAGCCUGGGCGCUGCUCGGGGGGCAGGGGUGUGUUCUGGAGGGAAGGGGUCCACGGGACAGGGCAGGGCCGAAAGGGGACAGGGCAGGGCCAAAAGGGGACAGGGCAGGGCCGAA